AGAAUAUGGGUAGAUAACCUCUUUAAUGCAGCGCUGUGAUUGGCUCUGUCAUUAUACACGAUCGUUUAUAAUAAUUAUAACUCCGACAUUUCAUGUUUCCUGAUCUGUUCUGUUAUCGUCAGUUUACUUAUUGAUAAAAUGUCUGAGCAACAUGCAGAAGAACAAGCAAAUACCGCAGAUGUACUACCUGAACGAUCAAAAAAGGCAUACUUGACUGUCUAUGAAGCAUAUACCACCUGGAAAUCGAAGGAGAAAAUAACAUACACAUCAGAACCAGUAUUAUUGGCCUAUUUUAAGGAAUUGUCAAAUGUGUACAAACCAUCAUCCCUCUAUUGGCACUUUUCAUUGCUCAAAACCACAUUGCCUGUACAGGAGAAUGUAAACAUUGAGGAUUAUUAUGAACUGCAAGCAUUCCUAAAAGAUAAAUCAGAAGGCUUUGAAGCCAAAAAGACUCUGACAUUCAACUCAGAUAACAUCAAAGACUUUUUAGCUAAUGCACCAGAUGAGGAUUAUCUUCCCACAAAAGUUGCAUUAAUACUGGGAGUUUUGGGUCCCUGUCUAUCAAUAGAAAUGUAUCAAAUGAAAAUGGGGGAUCUGCAGGAUCUUGGAACAGCACUCUUAGUAAAUCUACAAGUUAGUCGGACAAAGCAAUAUAGAAAGUUCAUCAUUUCUCAUCCGUUUUAUGAGAUAUGCAGUAAAUACAUCAGUGGUCGAAUGGACAACCCAGAUGCAUACUUAUUUCAACACUAUAGAAAAGGUCACUAUAUCAAUCAACGAAUAGGUAUCAGUAAAUUUAUUCGAAUGGGAAGGGAUGUUGCAAAGUUUCUUAAUUUUGACAAUUUUGAACAGUAUUCAGGACAUAGCUUUAGAAGUUCAGCUGCCAAUAUUAUUGUGGAUGCAGAUGGUAAUAUUAGUAGUAAACCAAGUGCGCCUGCGCGUGAACUUGUCUCAACAUACACAAACAGUUCUAGUAAUUCUAGUAAUAGUAUUGUGCAGAUGAGUGCAUCUAAUGAAACUAGUGAAGUUGAUGAAAGUGAAAAUGUUGAGCAGAGCAAGACUGAUGAGUCUUUGAAUUUUGAUAUCUAUACAAGACCAAGAAUAACUUUUACUAAUUGUCAUAAUAUUACUAUAAAUAUUAAUAUUAUUACAACUAAGUCGAAUAAAACUGAAAUAAAUUAAAUAUUAAAGGA